AUGUUGAAUCGUGUUACUGAACCACCAAUUCAAGAUGACGGGUCUGAGCCCUGGUUGAAUACGCCAAGCCAGUGGGAUUCCAUGUCAUCUAUAACUCCCCCUCAUGCAGAAGCCACUGAUGCUGCUGUUGUCCUACUGGCACCUGGGUCUAUGGAAUCUCCCGAUGCUACUUGGGAUUGUCCUGACUUAGAUGGCAUGGCAUGGUCCGAUAUCCAACACACUCUCUCUUCGCCAUCCGGCGUCUUGGAACAGCUAAGUGGCCCUCGGUCUCUACAAACUGACGACAUAUCGGCAACACAACUACUACCCUCGACAUCGGAAACCCCUUUCCAGAUCACAACUCUAUCCCAGCUUCUGACAGUGGACCAAGUGGAGGAAGUACCACGUCCAAUACUUCAUGUUCCCACCGCACUCUCUGAGUACUUCUUCUCAGAGGUUAUUCCUCUUUACUGUGUUUGGGACAGCAAGAUGAACAUCAUGCGUAACAUCGCAGAAACAAUGUGGCAAUCGUCCGGGGCUUUGCAUCACACUAUCCAAAGUAUGGCGGCAGCAUGUCUAUCGGAGAAUUUCCCUCAUUUACUACCAGUUGCUAGACAAGAACAUUCUCGCGCUCUGGUAUACAUCAAAAACAAAACAGCAGUGCCGGGCCAAAAACAGGCGAUGACGCUCGCUACUACUUUUCUGGGUCAUACCUCAAGCUGGAUAAACCCAGAUAAUCUCGCCCCGGAUAUGUAUCAAACGAGUUGGGAUAUGCUUGAUGAGAUGAUUACCGACAAUGGAAGUUCAGCGACGUCUUUCUUCGACAGUACUAUGGACUACUGGGCGAUGCUUCUUGCAUACCUGACCGACGGGCAGAAUCUUAGGGCUUCUAGGAAACAAUCUCCUCCAGCCACGGCAAGACAGGAAAGAAUGGUAGAGCCGCACCCUUACUGUGGUAUUUCCAAUGGAGUCAUUAAAAUACUAAGAGACAUCGGAAUCAUCAUAUUCCACUACAGAAAAGGAAUGUCAAAAAUCAACUUCAUGACAGAGGAACACGUCGAUGUUUUCAGGCAUUCACUACGGGAGGCAAGGCGCUUGGAACGCGUUCUCUUGGCGUAUCGACCGCCCGAUUUGUCACAGAUCAAAGAUCCAGGUGAUCCGCAAACGCCGCUGAAGCAUCUAGAGCUGAUGGACAAGGCCUACCGAUGUACCGGUCUUUUGCAGCUGUACCGCGUCUUCCCAGAUCUUCUCAAUGAGCGCUAUACACCAUGGGAUAAAGAGAAAAUACUCCAGCCUCUACCGAGGACUAAAAGCCCAACCAUUGAAGAAAGACAAACUUGGCUUACCGAACUAGCAUUGCAUGUCAUUACAAUAUUGGAAACCAUUCCAUUUGAAUCACAUACUCGAAGUGCUCAGCCCUUCAUCAUGGUGGCUGUGUCUAGUGAGUUAGCACUUAGCUCUAAGCAAACGCCAUUGGAGGACGGGUUUGAGAGUCUUGAUCAUUUGCCAUUUCGUGUUACGAAGGCUCGUAAGUUCCUUGCCUCUAGAUUAUCAGCAUACACACGCAUCCUACCUCUGCAGAAGACGCGGGCCAUUUCUCAACUGAUCAAUGACAUAUGGGCAAUUCUGGAUGCUGGACAAACGCAGGUCUACUGGCUGGAUGUGGCAUACGAGAAGAAGAUGGGUACAAUGUUUGGCUAG